GUUAGUUUGUAUCAAGACGCUCUGGUUGUGGCAGAUGUCUUCGCAUCUCGUGCUUUUACUUCAUAUACUUAGAUCUAUUGCAUAUCUGUUGUACAUCCGACACCAUGUCUGACCAUAGGUAAGUCCUCUAUUCGACUUCGCAUGACACAGACGCUUUUGUGCACCAUGACUUCGCGACCUUGUCCAUCUUCGUCGCUACGCCAUGUCCACAAGAUGUGAAUAUUGGCAGUAAUAAGACGCCUCUAAGAGUCCUGCAAUAUUCGUUGCUAUGCGUUGAAGGCUGGGAGAACCAUCAAUGUUGACUCAGACGCCUCAGUGACGAGUUCCCGAGUCAUCGUGACAGUACUUACGCCCGUUGCACAAGCCCGAGAGCCUUCUCAUGCUGACUGUUGACCCGCCACGCAUGACCUUGUGGAACGCUCUCGCAGCUCUGAUUGUGCCAUCGAUUACCCUAAGACUUAUGGACACUCACUUUCCUAUUAUACUUCGAUGCGAUUUUCAUAUAGCAGUUGUCUGACCUAAGAUCUUUGCAGCUCUGGAUUCACCCCCAUACAACUCACAAAAUCCUGCAUAAUUUUCUAACUCAGACUGCAUUUUGAUACAAUCUGUCCCGCCUCGAAAGAUGGAGCUCGUUAAUCGAUGGCUUCGGGAGUCGAGAGCGAUCGCCGCUCAUUCAACGUUGAUGCUUCCAAAUCCAGGAACAUUCAGUGACUGGACGCCCUAAUGCUUACUUGAAACGGAGCUAAGUCGGGCUUGGCAGCUAUUCGGGCGAGACGUUGCCGAGGAAGCUUAAAAAGCAGUGUGUUCGGUUUGUCGAUCGCCCAUUGACUGACUCUGUUCCUUGCUAGCUUUUAUCACUUCGGCGAGCUACCGCCAUGGCAUCACGUUCUCUACGAAGCACUGUCUUUUCCAUUGUUCUCAUUUCAAUCGUCUUUCCUUUCGCUCAUGCUGUAACUGAUUAUGCCAAUGUCUUCAUCGACCCUGAUCGCGUUGUCGCAAAAAGCUUCAAUGAAUCUACAGCCCUUGCCCAGAAAACUAUUGCACAAUGGGCCGAUUCGUUGAGCAUAGGUGGUCCCUGGAGUGUCACUACUAAGCCCGUGACGCCCCCAUCGGGAAACAAACAUGACUAUCUGAGUUAUGCGCCUUAUUAUUGGCCGGACUGCUCUCAAGCCGGCAAUACGACUGCAUUGAGUGACGAACAAGCUCGGCAACAGUGUACCUGGGUCCAGCGAGACGGGCAGAUAAACCCAACAUCCAAAGACGCAUCAGACAUAGACAACUUCGAGACGUUAGGCGAUGCUGUUCUAUACAACACUUUAACUUGGGCACUUCAAGGGUCCAGUACAGCAUCCGCGAACGCUGUGAAAUUUAUUCGAACAUGGUUCUUGGACGCAGAUACCGCUAUGGCACCAAAUUUAAACUUCGCACAAAUGCAAGGCGGGCCAGGACCAGAUGACCAAUCUGGCACUCAUACUGGCGUCCUUGAUUUGAAAUGCAUGGCCAAGAUUGUCAACGGUAUCUUGGUUCUUAGAAGUGGUAAGUCCGCCGAUUGGACCUCUGACCUCGACGGUCAAAUGGUUGGCUGGACGAAGGAAUAUAUCUCCUGGCUACAAUCCUCCCCGCUCGCGCAGAGGGAGGCUACAUCACCGAAUAAUCAUGGGACGUUCUACUACAACCAGCUCGCAUCCCUUCAAAUCCUCGUCGGUGAUAAAGAUGGGGCUAAGAACACCGUACAGACCUACUUCAAUACCCUCUAUCAGCACCAGAUUGAUGCUAAUGGCGAGCAGCCCGAAGAAGCGGCGCGAACGAGACCAUAUCACUACCGUGCCUAUAACCUUGCGGCCAUGAUUACCAAUGCUCGCCUGGGUGAAUAUGUUGGUUUCGAUGCAUGGAACGUCAAAUCCGCUGCUGGCGCAAAUAUUCAAACGGCUCUUGACUUUGCCAUGACGAUUUCUCCCGGCGAUGACGCAGCUGAAGAACUGUACCCAAAUGUGGCGGCGGUCGCGGCACAUUAUGGGGAUCCCACAGGGAAAUACGGCAAGUUCCUUAUGCAACAGCUCAGUUUGGAUCUUGCGAAGCAGCCUUUCUUCGCUUGGGAUUCUUUCGCGGUUUCUGGGCUUCCAGUUUCUUAUACUUCUUCUGCGUCUUCCUCCACCCAAGUCAGUAAGGGUAGUAGUGGCGCUAGUCCCACCGGAGCUUCUUCUGUUCCCAAUGGCAAGGCUCCGUGGGAGGAGGAUGCCGCUCUCACGGCUACAGUCUCCUGGUUCAUGCUUGCGUAUACCACUAGCUUCGUCCUUUUCUUUGCAUUCUGCUGAGCGGAUGAUUCUAUUUUUUUUUGUAUAUGUGUGCCUCUGUUUCUCUGCCUGGGCUUAUUUCCAACUUUCGAUGGUGUGCCUUUCUGUCUUUCUGUACGUUGGUUAAAUGGGGCACAACUUCAAGGGUCAUCAUGUUGCUUAAGUGUACAAUGUGUUGUAUGGUUGCGCUAUGUGUUUUCUCCAAUGUUAGUCAUCUCUGACGUUCUUAUGUCCAUUCAAGGUGAGUUUAUCCAUCGCAGACUAGUACUCGUACUAAGUAAAACAUGCACUCGCACUAUUGUACUACCUAGUCUAUACCGUUAUCUGCGUGAAAUACUCUGUGCCCCGAAUCAAAGUGGUUAUCUUUAGUGACAACCUCAGCCCUCCA